AGCCGCUGCAGGAAGCGGACCCUAGAGUACAGGUUUUGCCAAUGAAGGGUUUCUUGUGGGGUACGUAUCAUCAGCUAGAUGUUCAAGGCUUCCUGGACGACGUGGAGAAUAUUUCAUGGAAUCAGUCAAAUCCAUAUCUACACUUUAUCUCGCACCUUCCUAUGGAUGUCCUGGGCGAGCAGCUAGCUCUCAGCACGACUAUUACGCUGCACACCAGAACAAUCCUGGCUGUUCAAAUACGGUCGCAUUUCAAUGAGUUAUCUAAUGCACGACUGGGUAUGGGAUCGUAUUUCCGCAUCUCCUGAGCAUCGGGCUCGGUGCAAGCUGAGCGUCAUCGCACAAGCCGUUUCUGAGUUCAAUCACACCAUUGACCCACGGUUGUUGGUACCAUAUAAUAGCCAUUUCUAUCCUGAUGCUACGAACCCUGCAUAUUCUUUAAAGACUGAAAACAGGCGCAGAGGUACACCAUUCAUAGCGGGUACAUUCAGACCAUUAGAGCAUCAGAUCAUUCAGCUAGGUAUGCUGGACAAAUGGGAUUACUGCCUACGGAAACUCUUUGUCCUGACGUCUACAGGACGCUCACCUGGAUCAGAUACUUUGAGAGCAUCGGACUGGGCUGCUGUUGUCGGCGCCUUUGACCGGUGGCCCUUCGCACCUGAGGUGGAUUCCUAUAUCUUGACCUUGGCACUGGCUAAUACCAAGGUCCAGAGGUUUUCACUUUCAUCCAGGGCUCGACACUCGCAUUCAGGAGCAACGCUAGCGCAAAUAAUCGCUAUCCUUUUCCGGACAGCAGCAGUCUACCAUCUUGGACUCUACCGAGAGAAGGUCAGCCUUCAACCAGUCGAAUACUAUUCGAAGCUCCCUCCAGUCCCUCCGAUAGACACAUGUUUCAUUCUCAAUCCUUUGGUUGCCACCGGUGGUACUGCAUGUGCUGCCCUUGUCAUGAUCAUAGACUGGGGAGUUGCUAAGGUCUCGUUCCUUUUGUUAUCCGCACAACAAGAAUCCUUUUAUUGUGCGCUGGACACGUGCUCUUCUGAGGCUCAACCAGUAUACGACACGAACACUCAAGUUCCAGGGUUCCAUCCCAUACCCAAACCCGACAACAUCAAAUGGAUUGCCCUGAGCUCUGCCGGUGCAGUCGAUUACGCAACGGUGGUGACUUGGAAAAAUCAGGCUGCCGGAAAACGAAGCUUCGAAGUUCAUGGCAGACCAUGUCCCCGCAUCCCUCCAUUUUUCGAAUAUAUCUUACUUUCUUGGCAACCGCAUUAUCCUCGACAAAAUUCCUGGGGCGUUUGCAAUCGGACCGUUAUCUUCACCAUUCAUCAGCCUCGCAGUAACAUUGUCGCCUUGUUUGAUCGUCUUGUCCUCCUGGCUCAUGGGAAAAUGCCAUGUCCACCAGGGUUUAAUAUCUCAUGCAUGCUGGACUUGGACCACGAAGCCCGGACUCCCCUUUUAAUGAUGCUCAACAACCUUUUACAUGAGGAGUGUGCCGUUGGUGUAUCAUCUGUACGAUCAGAAGGUCGUCCUUCCACUGCGACCUCGGAGCUCCUGGAAGCUGUCCGAAGCUCACCAUCUGGUAACAGCACCUCAACUCCCAAACUUGCGCAGCUUGUCGAGGCGUAUUCUACGAGUGAAGUUGCACAGUCGAUCAAGGCCGAGAUGAAGGAUGUCGCUACUGCACAGCGGGGAGCUGAUGCGUCACACGCGGAUGAACCGGACUACGUGGAGCAACAGAUCGGACACGAGCAGUUCAUAUGGGCGGGCGAUGAUGCACUGAUUUAUGCUGGUAAUGUGAGGGAUGUUGGUGGCAGUUACUCGUAUUCCAAAGGUGCAUUAGCAUUAGCAGUUUCAUCAACGCACUAUGAACUUGUUUUUCAUAGACAUGCAGGUGUCCAUCGGGGUAUCUACGCGAUCUUCCAGCGCAACUCGACGACGGGCGUGGAAAAGACGCUUGUUGACGCCUUCCCUGGUGGUGCAAGCCGGCCUAUACUCUCGCGUGAUGGACACACACUUGCAUUCCUGCGCCGUAGUUCGUGUAAUCUCUCCAGUGUUCUUAAUCACCAUAGUUCUUGCAUCGAUAUCCUUGUAUACGUGGAUCUUAAUACGGGCACUCUGCAUCAUAUCUGGCAUGGGCUCACCUACGACCUCUCCACAAUCUACGCGCCGAUGGGUACAUACCCGUCCUUUGCAUUCACGCCCUCUUCGUCCUCGCCGGGUAUCAUCAUCUGGGCUGCUGGGCAGAUGUGGCAUGUCCCAUUGGCGUAUAACUCAGAGGGGGAACUUGUCGCUGCGGCCACAGCCACUAACAACAUAAACCUUACGCCAAAGGUGAUCCCGUUCACAGUGCAGAUCUCGAAGAAACUCGCGGAAACUCGGCGUAUGAAGACUGAUGUACGCAAGUUCGAAUCAGGCCCACAGCGCGUGCGUGCCUUCACCCAGCUCGCGCUGGAUGAAUCUGGCGAGCAUGCAGUAUUUGCAGGCGCAGGCCAGACAUGGGUGCAGGUGCUUGGAGACUCCCUCAUCAAUCCGACUACCUUGGACCCCAUCGAUGAUGCCAACUUCGUUGAGACUUCGAAGCCUGCCCAGCGCAUUCCGCACCUACACUCCUCUGCAGUAUACUACUCACCUUCCUUCGUUCCUGCGUCUUCAUUCAUUUUGCACCCACGCUGGGAUAAUAUAAUACACAUGUCUCAUCCCUUGAGCUGGUCGCUGGACUCCCUAAAGGUCGGUGUGAAGACGGGUGGAGAUGUGUUGACUGGUGACGUGGUGGCUACUGCACAAACUGGAGUCUGGGUUGGAGAGAUCACGCUUCCGUCCCAUUCAUACUCCCAAGGCACGGCCGAACUGACCAACUUGCGCUAUGUCCAAAGUAGUAUCGACCCUUCUGAUGUCGUCAAGCUAUCGUUUGGCCUUUUCUUCUUCACAUUGUCGCUCUUCGGCUUCUCAUGCUUAUCUAGCCUUAUCAUUCGCGAACGAGCGAGUCCUUUUCAUGCGUGA